UCGCUUGGUCGCUCUCUGAACGUGCGUGCGUGCGCGCGUGUGUGCGUGUGUCAACUAGUUGUUAGCUCGCGCUAGCUGCUCAGUUGGGCUAGCUUGUUUUAACAUUUCAACAGAAGGCACCGUUUAUGCCAAGAAAACAGCUGCCGUUCGUCAUGAGAGAGGAACACCGCUCCCACCGCAUGUCUGUCAACCUUUAACGCCAAAGACGAAGACGGACUGUGAGCAAAAAAUAUGAUUAGUUAGCAAACGACAACCAAAAAAGUGAAGCUACAGUUUGUGGAGAGCCUAGCUCGCUAGCAUCCCGAGAAGGAGAGCUCUGAGAUUUCACCAGGACUGGAUGCGGAAGGAGGAUAUGAGGCAAGCUGGACAGCUAAUGCUAAGUGUAAGCUUGAUGGAACAGAAAUGUGGAAAACACUUCACUGUGAGCAUAAUUUAUGAAUAUAGCAAGCUAAGCUGAGCUAACACUAGUUAUUGGGGAGCAUAGAACUGUCAGCGGUGGAGCUUGUUGUUCAAACAGGGACAUAACCCGGGCUCAAAUACUGGUGUAUGCGGCCUAGCAUUAGCUUGGAGCUAGCUGUCUAAUAGUGUUAAAUAUUUGUCACUCAGUGUGCAUUAGUGUCCCGCUAAUGUCGGUCAUAUUUGAAGAUUUAUCAGACUGAUUCAAGGCAGUGGUAGCUGAACAGGUUACACUAAACCAACCUCAAAUGCAGAGAUACUCGCCAGCUAGGCUAAGCUUGCUAAUGUCAGUGAGAAAACUAAAUCUUGCUAACGCUGCAUUGGCCUGUACAUGAAGAUAAAGAGGUUUAUCACACUGUCUAAAACCACAAAAGAUGAAUACAGUAUACCGUCUAUCUUCUCAGUUGUUUUGGUUUGAUUAAAAACGCCAACAGACAGAUGUCAUACUCAUUUAAAACACUGUAUUGCGUGCAGCUGUCUGCUGUAGUUGUUGUUAAUCUAUCCAUUUAGCUACUAGUUCACAUACAAUACAACCUUGAUGAAGCUGGAGAAGGCAUGUUCCUUUUCUAACUAUUGCAGCAGAUGUGAAGAAUGAAUGUGAUCAACAACAGCUUAACAAACUCAGUCACAUCCAUCCUAUGAGCCUCUAAAUCAAUUCAACAUCCACCUGAAACCAGAGAAAACUGUAGAGUUUCUUAAUAACGUGUAUAAGGAAGUACUUUAACUUGAAGGUGACCAGCUGGAAAAUUUCUAAUUUGCUAUUUCAGACACAUUUGGUCUGUUAUAUGUAGUGUAAAUGUAUCAAUUGAUCAUUGCCAAGCAUGGAUUUUCUGAUGCCUAUUACGUAGCGUAACAAACCAGUUUUGAUCUUUCUUACAGAUGAAUGUGUUUUCAUUCAGUCAGAGGGUUACCAAUGUGCCAAAAAGUCACUCUCCUAAUUAUUCGACAAGGAUUAAGCUCGAGUGUGGCAACAUCGGUGCAAGGAGAGAGCGCACACUGGCACAAGAAUAUGCAAGGACUCUUGAACUCUACUAAAAUAUACAUAUCCAAGACCUAAAACUGUUAUCCUUGAUGAACCAGUCUUGGUUAAUCUGCCAUCCCAAAUGGAAGUGCCAUCAUAAACACAAGAUACUGUGGCUCGAACUGCUGUACAGUUUUUUGAGCUACAGCCUUGGAGGAAGCAUUUCAGCUUCUCAUUGAACCUGGAGGUGGAGAUGGGUUCCCAAGCUCUUCAGAUACUUCGGCAGGGGGUGUGGGCUUCACUCACAGGGGGAUGGUAUGUGGACCCCCAUCAGAGCACCUUCUCAAACUGCUUCCACCUCUACCUGUGGAUAUUCCUCCUGGCCUUCCCCUUCCUGCUGUACAUGGUAAGCACAUUUUCCUAGCAGGCUGACUGCCACUUUGAAUGAGUGAGAGAAUUACUUAAUACAGACAACUAUUAUUGUAAUGUCAAAAAUGUUGUCCAGCAGAAAAGCUCAGCUCUUCAACAUAACAGCUACGGACACAUCAGAUGAAUGUGAUUGUGGCAUUAUCUUUCAUUUGGUUCCUUUGCAAUGUAAACUCUGCAAGAUUUUGAGAAACGUCCUCAAAUAAAAGUGAGAUGGGAAGGUAAACCGCACAAUCUGGUCUGUUUCCAAAAGUGAUUUAUUGUUUCCAUUAAGUACCGGAACUAUGUUACAUUUAGUCUGAAGCAAAAGUGAAAAUGAAAGAGAACUUACCAAAUUUACAUUUUGAACAUUUGAUGUUAUCGCAAAACGAUGUGCACACACAACUUCCUACAGGGGGAUGAGGGGAAUUUGGAUCAGAAAGCUUGCACAUUAUUGUACUUGUGCGUUUAAAAUAUGUUCAUUUGUCCUCUCAGUAAGCUGGACAUUAUUUUCAACAAUACAGGAACUGUGGAUUUGGUAAAAAGAAAAAAAAAUCUGCUUGAAUAACUGAGGUUGUCUUGUACAGUUUAUCAUACUGCAAAGAUGCUGCAUGGUCUCCAAUCAGAAAUGGUAGUCUAAUCAUCCACAAGAUGUUAAUUUAAAAAUUACAACUAUCAUCAUUUACUACAGUUAUAAUCUAUAAUCUUCUAAAAACUAGUAAGAGGUAUUAGCUUCCAUUAUGAUUGGUCUUUCGUAAGGUAGACAAUUUCCAGCCAUUGUUUAACACAGAACUGCCUCUGAUUCACUGAAAUGUUAAGCGUUGCCCCUUUUCCUUAUUUUCUCCUGUCAUUGUCUUCUCCCUCUUCCCUAGGCUCUUCCUCCAAGCUUGGUGGUUGCAGGCAUGUACUCAGCUGUGGUGGCCGUCUUCUUCACGGCCAUCAAGGUGGUGAACUACCGGCUUCAUGCUAUGUUCGACCUGGGGGAGAUCGUGGAGAAGAAGCAGGCCUCACUUACAGCCGAACCACCAAAAACAGAAGAUGGAGAUGAAGGUUUAGGUGCUCAUGAUGGGGAUCAUCACAGGUGAGGAGUAUUUUUCUCUCUGAUUUUGGAUAAAAUGUUUCAAUCAAAACGAUGUAACUGUUCACAAUGUACUGAAUGUGCAAUAUCGUCACAGGGAUAGUCAUGUUGGAGUGGAAAUGACUGUGUUUCGAAAGGUGAACUCAACACCUCCUGUGCGCUGUAGCUCCCAGCACUCUCUGUUUGGACUCAACCAGGUGUCGGUGAGGAUUACUAGAUUUAAUAGCAGCAUGUAUUCUUUAUUGUUCUACCUCUAUUAUCAUUUCUGCUAACUGUGAUUUUUUUUUUGGUUUAUUCAUCAGGAGUUCUUGCCCCAGCUGGAGGAUUCGGGGGGUACUAAAGGUAAAUGUCUAAAUCAUGAAUUUUAGUGACUGGUGUGUUGUUUAAAAAACUUUUCUUACAUUAUCCUCACACCAUCAAGUAUAUCCAUCAGACUUCUGCUGCCAUUUUAGCUUGUACUGAAUAUGCAUUGUUGCUUUUUCCUUUAAAGAUAUCAAAGAACUAAUGCGGGAACAAGGAAGCAAUAAUGUGAUUGUCACAUCAGCUCAUCGUGACAUCCUACGCCAGAGUUCCCAGGAUACUAUUAGUAAGUCUGACACUGUUCAGUUAACAUAAUCAAGCACACUGAAACACACUGAACACAGCUCAGUCCAGCCUGUUUAUGAACAAGUCACACAAAGGAGGCAGAGCUAAAAGCAUACAAUCAUAGUACACGUUAUUUUACGGACAUGGCGCUACAUUUAUAAAAAGAAGAAUGGUUUUGUGCCCUGACAGGUAGAAAUAAAAACCCCAGUGUCACAGACUUCAAAAGCCUUUGGGCCUGAUUCUGGUUUCUUUAUGUACAGGGGCACCCAGUGUGGUCCAGUCCUGCAUUGCUGCUGCUUUGGGAGGGGACUUCCCUGCUCUCAUGGGUGUGUCUGGAGUGUCAGCUGGAUUUGGAGAACCUGGAGACUGCUUGUCUAUUCCCCCUUCACCCUCCAGUCAAGAAGAUGGAGGCGAGAAAGAACAGCUGCAGGAAGUGGAGGAGUUACCAGAACAACUGUCCCAACAGAGUCCUGAGGACAAUGGGUUGGGGGCUUACUCUCCCCUCGGCCCCUCUGCUGAGUCUGAGAGCCUGGGGGAUACUCCGCUCAGCCCCCUUAUAAAGAGCAGCUUGAGUGAGGAGCUGAGUGAAAAUCUCCUGGGUUUGGGUCUUGAUCCUGUGGCAUUUGCACCAGGGACUGAGCACCCUGGCAGCCGUAGUGGGGUAGCACUAGCUGCUGGAUCAACAGACAGCUGUUUCAGUGCAGGUGGUGCUGCCACAGACCGUGAAACACUAAGCACUGUUAGCAGUUACCGCAGUGAAAAGACUGAUUCCACUCAGCUGGAAAGUCCUUCGUUCAGCCAGCCGAGACCUGCAGAUGCUCAGGCUUCUGGCUCAGCACCAGCGAUAGGCUCCAGCAUCCCCAGACCCACAGAGGACCCAGCAGGACAGGGUGGCAGUGAUACUGACAACCUGUCAGACAGUGUCCUACUGCGCUCCCCCUCCAAAGAAUUCUCCCUUAGCCAGGGGCUUGACAGGACACUUGUUGAAGGAGAGGAUUUGCCCCCUCUGCUUUGUGAUAUUGCACAGCCCCCUCCACUCCAGAACUCUUCCCCUUCAAGUAGUGGUCACUCAGAGGUUUGUGAUUUAGACAAAACUGUCCAAGUUCCUCCUCUGCCCCCUCCUCGGCAAGCCAAUUCAGUGCCCUCAGGGCUGGCCCUGAGUUUAGUCUGCUCUGAGCCUGCUUUGCCCAUAUCCUCUACCCCUUUUUUGCUGCCUGACCAGCCUGCUUUGCAAGCCCAGCAGGUUGUGCGCCCCAAAGACUUAAAGCUGCUGCGGGCCAGCGGCAGUAGUGUAGGGCACAGGCCGGGCCGAAGGAAAGCUCCUCGAAGGCGAGCAGGAGCGGGGAGCAGUAGUUUUGACUGUGGUUCUUACAGGCGUCAUCACAAUCAUAGACAACACAGAGAUUACAUCCCAGUGCGAAACCGACUGGGAGCCAAGGCCUACAGCGAAAGUUUGUUCGAGGAUUCUAGUGAUGAAGACGACGGCAGUGACAUGAGUGCUGGUUCUAGUCUGGGCUCCCAGAGGCGCUACAGUUCAGACGAUGACGACGAUGAUGACGACUCAAGUUCCUCUACCUCCUGUUACUCCCCGGACCUUGCUAACACUGGCAUUACUUCCCCGCUCCCAAAUGCUGCUCAACUGCCUACUCCGAGGGAAGGGGAUUUACCUGAACCUGCUGGCCCCUCACAUUCUCGUGCUGCUCAGCGCUCCUCAAGCACAGCGAGCGCCAAGACUCACGCCAGAGUGCUCAGUAUGGACGGGGCUGGUGGAGGUCAGAGUAACACUGCAGCUUUGCCCUCUACUCUGCUUACCAUGCCCUCCACCUCCACCCCUGCACCUCGCACUCUCACUAUCUCGAAGUCUGAUUUGGAGGCUCGCACUAUACACACUGAUGGCUUCCCUGGCACUCAUCAUCAUCGGCUAGAUUCUCUCGGAGGCUCUUGGACUGGAAACCAGAUGGGCUGGAGGGCAGAGGAGCUGGUUGAAGAGGGAGCUGUGGGUGGCGGUGAGUUUUUCCUAACUGCAUUAGGUGUGUCCAGAAUUAGAUUUUUAUCUAAUGAACUGUGUGUGUUUUUUUUUUUUAAUGCAAGUAAAGGCAGAGGCCUGGCAUGGAUUUGGGUCACUGUUUCUUAUGAGUGGAGAUUGAAUAAACUCCUAGGAGUCUAGAAUAACUAGCAAUAUUUAGUGGCAUACAAAGAUGAAGAAAACUGAAACUGACAUUGUUGAUAAAUAAUUUAUUGGCCAAGUUGCCAUGUAAUUUGUAUCAUCUCUAGACAAAUUAAUGCCAAAGAAAGUAUGUCCUUUUUUAGCAGUUUUGCCGCAUUGAGGCACAUUUUGUGGUGCACCACAGUUUCAAACAGCCUUUGUUAAAGUGUGACACAGUGAUUUGGCAUGGCACUAACUUAAAAAUUCCCUUCCAUCAAACUAACACUGAAAUUUGGAGAACAACUUGGAAAAGCAUGUUUUUAUAAAUUCAACUGGAACCCUAACAGAGUCAGGGCAGAGAGAGAGAGAUGAUAGUCAUUGAAGGGAUAGUCAGUACUGGUGAACAUUGUCAUUCAUGUUGUGAUGAUAUUUGCUGCCUGGGGUAGCCCUUGAUUGUUCCCACAUGAAGUUGUCUGAAAAAGGGAGAUUUGUCAUCACAUCAUUUCAAGACUAACACGAGUCACAAAUGUGAAAGCAACCGUAUCAGUGACUGACCUUAAACGAGUGUUACUUUCCAGAGUGAUGACUCAUCCUUGUAGUUUACAAAUGACAGAAAGGAGAGGCAGAUUUUAAGAUGAGGAGGAAUCACUGCUGCUGACUACUUAGUCAUAAUUUCAUGAAGUGUUGGCAACAGCAACUAAUGUUAACCGUACCACCAGCACAUUCAUGCUCUUUGCAGAGGAGGUGACUUUUUAGGUGUAAGUUGUCAAGCCCAGGGAACAGUUACCUAUUACCAGUGACUUUUCUAACCGAAACAGCUUUUAAACACUAGAAACUGGGAAUUUGUCGACUGAAAGUUACACCAAUGCAUCAGAGCACAAAAUAAAGCUGGAUGGAGUGUGCUAUUCUAUGACAAACCUUUUAAAAUAUUUAAUUAACUUUAAGAGAAGAGAUUCACAGUACAGGUCACUUUUAGUUCCCUAACCUCCAUGACUUGCCCUCUUGAGUGAACACAUCAUGGUGCCCUGACUAAAAACCGUUUCAAAACAGAGAGAGAACUGCAGCCAUCAUCAUUAAAUUUAUUUAACCCAGCAAAUUAUUAUACUACCAGAAGUGGAUUACUCUUAGACUUUUUUUUGCUAUAUCCUCUCAUUAUGUAAGGUAGUUGCUCGUCAGGUGUAUUUCACCCUACUGUUGAAUAAAUUCUUGUCUAUGUGGAUAGAUUUGAGUUCAUUAUAACCUGGAUAAAUCUAACUACUGACGUACUGUUGAAUAAUGUCAAAUGCUAACAAUGCUAGUAACGAGCUAAUAUAGGUCUAUGUGUCCAUAUGUGCUGCAGUGUUGCCUUGUAUGUCGUUCAUUGACACUGUAAUGUAUCCCUCUACAUGGAUGUAACUGAUUACCCUCCUCCAGCCAUGGCUGCGGAGGAUGGAGGCAAACACGACUCGGUUAGCAGUGUUAAGAGGACCCAGGCUAUCCGCAGGAGGCACAAUGCUGGGAGCAACCCUACACCGCCCCCGUCCACCAUGGGAUCACCCCCCAGGUAAGUCAAAAACAAAGCAGAGCGGAGUAAGGGUUUAAGCGGAUGCCCUCGCUCUCAGCGGCACAAUUUCUCCAAAUCUCUUCCAAGGGCGGAGUAGUUAAAGCAGUCACCAAAGUUACUAAAUAAUGUCAUAUAAUUAAUGGACCUUAAUAAAAAAUAAAGAUGUGAUAAAGAAUUGAUAUCCACAGCGAGCUUUUGAGGCAAAAGGAAAAACUAAUUGCAUUUAAUUCACUUUCAGGGAGAUUACAAGCUUAAUUACAGUUUACACAAAUAUAAAGGAAAUGAUUUAGGGCGUUUUGUGUCAUUGUUUCCCGUAGCCUUCAAGAUCUCCAGCGGGGGCGGACUUCCUCUCACUCACGGACCCGUACACUUCCCUCAGCCUUACAGUUUGCCUCCUCACUCCUAUUGCCCCGCAGCGGCAUCCAUGAAGCCUCUACCUUCGACGACACAUCCGAGGGGGCAGUGCACUAUUUCUAUGACGAAAGCGGUGCGUUAGUCGUAUUUUACAAAAACUGUUAUUCCACAUGCUGCACCUAAAACAUUAAACUACAAAAACCAUAAAUUCAACAUUUAAAACAACUUUAAAACAACAAGACACAAGUCAUCCUGGAACUUAUUUGUUGAUUUAUGCUUGAUGUGUUCGGGACAGGUACAUUAGAUAUAGAUAAGCUGGUAGCAGAUGCCCAAUGCAAGUAUCAUAGUGUUAAUAGCAAACGCUGAUUUGAAUCUAUCACACCCAUCCCUAGAAGGCUUUUGUGAGAGAAAAUGGACAUUGAAGGUAAAAUCAAAUGGUCUUAUGAUCGAAUGAGAUCUAAAGUUGUGUUUCAUUAUUUAUAUUAUAAUCAAUAUCUCUGUUAUGUAAACUAUAAGCCAUAUUAAUACACAUCAAAGGGUUAGAACACAUGCCUACUCUGCAGAAGCAUUUUCACAUGCUGAUAAUUGAAGCUGUUUUUUCCCCACAGAGAGAUUAUAUGUUACAAGCUCCUGGGUAUAUUUGCUUGACCCUAGAGGGUGUACGUUUAUGAUUUGGCCUUCACAUUUCCCUUUGUCUUAAAAAGAAUAAGUGUGCGACUCUUCAUCCCUCUGUGUGUGUUCAGAGAGAGACAGAGGGUGUGAUGUCAGCUAAUCUGCUUCUCACCAAUUGCGUUGAUUUCAGUGCAACAUCUCAUGUUGUUUUAGUUUUUAGUGCAGCUUGUUGUCGCAGCAGGUAUUCUGCACUUAGUUUUGUUACGGCAGUAAUAGAGAGUCUCCCAGAAAUGAAACAGCUGCAUUUGAAAGCGUAUGUUGUGAUCCCUUUCAUUGUCAACAAUACUCUGUUGUGCUGGAGAUGUGAGCACCUCUUCUGGUUGAAAAACUCUUUGGUAUUUUAAAAGUCCUCCGCACUACUCCUAACAGUUUUUCACCUUUGGAGCUCCUUGAAGAGCUAAGAUGCUUUGUGAACAGCCCAUCUUUACCAGGAUGUGGUCUUCACUUUGGGGGAAAGUGUUUUGAAAACAUCACAAUUCUCAGAAUUUUCUCAGAAUUUCUUCUCAAGGAGAAACUCUUAGUACUAGAAAGCUUUGAAUAUGACCACUGGAGUCUAGUUGUGACUGUUGCCAGAAAACCACUCUGCAUAUUUUUCUGUCUGUGUUGAUUUUAUGGGGAAAAUUUACCCUUCAAAUUGUUGACAAAAGACAAAAAACACCAUUGUCUCAGUUGAUAUGUAUAAAAUACGUCCAAUUUGACCCUUUGAUGGUUUAAAUUAAAUUCUUCACAGGAGUGAAGAGGUCCUACACAUUUGGACCAGCUGGAGGCGGGUAUGAGGACCCUGUACAGUAAGUAAUCAAGCUUUUAGAAUUGGUUGCUGUUUUUCAAGACUAUAAAAUUUUGCUGCAAGAAAGCCGUGAAAACAAGAUGUAGUAAAGUUUAUGUAUGCUCCUAGGGAAAGAGAGAGACAGUCCCAGUCCUCAAGCUUCACCUCCACUGAGGUCCAGGAAGGGGCUCCAGUCCUGUCCAUGCUCCAGCCUAGACCUGUGGUUUUACAGGGUAUGCAGGUGCGCAGGGUGCCUCUGGAAAUGCCCGAGGUUAGGAUUUUUUUUUUCUUCAAGUUUGAUAUCACAGAUUAUCCAAAAAAGUGAGGAUUAUUUUUUUCCUCUUGCUGACCUUGUUAUUUCCCUUUCUUGAUUCGUCACUUCAUAUCUAGUUUGAUCUGGAUCACGAGUCUCUACAAGAGUCCCAAGAAAACACUCUGAUGAUCGAGGAGAAAGCCAAACCCAAACAGUACUAUCGCUUUUGGGUGCUCCCGGGGAAGUGGCUCAGGGUUCGAUAUGAUCGAUUGGCUCUUCUGGCUUUAUUGGACAGGUAGGCCAGACUGCUGGAGUCAGAGAGAUAAAUAGUUCUCUAUUUGAGCUCUUGUUUUCUGAAAAAUCAAAACACUUUGUUCGUGGUUGUCCCUGGUACCAUUGACCGGUAUGUAAUAAAUAAUAGAUGUCAGUGUAUUUGAAGUAUAAUCUAAUCCUUUAUAUCUUUUGUUUUCUUCUGUCUUUUGUUAUUUAAGAUUGGUUUCUGUAGCUGCAAAAUCCAGACAGAAUGAUUUAUUUAUUAUUCAUUUGUGUUGGCCAAAUCCUUCUACUAUUUUUAGAGAGUGAAGCACUAGUAAACUUAAAAAAAAGAAGAAGCACCAGACAAGAGAGUUAACUAUAAACAGAGGGAGUGUACCAGCUGGUGGCCUCUUGAUAGUUCAGAUAAAUAUUUCAUAUACAAGCAGAACGAGUAAUGCUCCAGGACAAAAAAAAGACAUCUCCAAACCUGAAGCAGUCGAACUCAAAAUCACGCAAAACUGUUUGUGUAUUGUUUCUCGAAAGCCAUUGAAACUGCGUCAUCACAGAUGCUUUGGCGGUUAUAAUCUGUGUUUAGACGGUCUUUAGUGCAUGCUUAUUUUACAUCAUAGCUCUGCCUCAGUGCUAAAAGUUUUGAACGGAAUAUCUGGUUUUGUUGAUUUUUACAUCCGAUGUUUAUGAUGGCUAACAGGGAGUUCAAACUUGCCUUCGUUGUGUGAAUGUGGAUUUAUCUGCUGUCGAUCAACAGGAAUCGCCGUGUGGGGGAGAACGUGUUUGCAGUGGUGCUGGCCAGUCUGGUGGCCUUCCUGGGGUUCCUACUGCUGCUCCAGGGCUUCUUCAGGGACAUCUGGGUCUUCCAGUUCUGCCUGGUCAUUGCAAGCUGCCAGUACUCUUUGCUGAAGGUACAUUACCCCUGGAUUUUAAGAUUUGCAUUGUUUUAUUUCUUCAUAUGUACUUGUAUUUUUUCAAGUAUAUACAGCAGAGUGUCACCAUCACGGAGUCAUCUUACCCAUGUUUUUAGUCAUACCUCAUGUUAAAGAUCUCCUUUUCUGCCUUCUUGUUUUAGAGUGUACAGCCAGAUGCAGCUUCUCCCAUGCAUGUGAGUACUGGUCUCCUCUGUUUAGUAUUUUAUUAUGCACCACAUUAUGCAAACCACAACAAAAACAGUGUGUUUGACCUUGUAGUUAACGUGUAACUGUGCCUUGUCUUGUUUUCCUCUGGUACUGCACAGGGCCAUAACUGGAUCAUUGUGUACAGUCGGCCUGUCUACUUCUGCUUGUGCUGUGUGAUGAUCUGGAUCUUUGACCUGUCUGGGCGCUCCGGCAGCCUACAGCCCUUCUCCCUCUACGGUGUCACCUUUUUCUCUGCACACUUCCUGCUCUGUGUCAGGGAUAUGCUCAUUGGUUAGUUGCAUUAUGUGACUCAAACAUCAGUCUUAUUUGUUUUGUAAUUUUUUAGAGCAAAUGUCUUACAUUUCUGUUUUUGUCCGGCAGUGUUUGCCUUGUGUUUCCCGGUCAUUUUCCUGUUUGGGCUGCUACCUCAGGUCAAUACUUUUGUGAUGUGUCUGCUGGAGCAGAUUGACAUGCAUGUUUUUGGUGGAACUGGUAAGAAUAUAUCGACACAGACUGGAUGGAUGGAAUAUUUUGUAAGCAAAUUUAGUCCGACUGUAACAGCAUCUUUAAAUCGACUGACUGGAUCUCUCUCUUUGUUUCUUUUCUCAGCCACAACCAGCCCCCUUUCAUCUCUGUUCAGCCUCAUACGCAGUGUGUUGGUGGCUGCUCUGCUGUAUGGAUUUUGUCUUGGUGCCAUCAAUGUAAGAGGAGCAGUAUUACUCAAACUGUGUAGGAGGCUUUUGAAUUUGAAUGGACAGUCCUUGAUUUCUGAUUGUUUUGAUUGUAUUUUCCAUCAGGCACCAUGGGGAGACGCCCAUGUGCCAGUACUGUUCUCUGUGUUUUGUGGCCUGCUCCUGGCCUUGUCCUACCACCUCAGCCGCCAAAGCAGUGAUCCCACCAUCCUCUGGUUAGUAACUUAUGGCAACACGGGUCUUCAAACUUUUUAUUUACAACUUUCCUGGUAAAAAGUGAUGUUUGACUACUGACACGUACUAAAUCACAUCUCUCCUAAUAUGAUUUAAUUUGAUCAUCAACUUGUUUACCUCAAUGCGUCAUGGUCCAGUUUUAUGUGUGUUUUUAUUAAUAAUAGUAUACAGCUGUCAGGGGUUUAUUAAAAGGUGCUUCAAUUGAACACAAACACUAGCUGGGCUGAGAAGGAAGCAAAGGAAGAGGGGGUUACAAAAGAUGAAUUAUUUUCUUUAAUCUGACAUUAUUCAGAAAUAGACACAAGCUAACCUGCAGCCAAAAUGAUUCAUAACUUUUUUCACUGCAGGCUUAGAUAGAGGGCUAUUCAAAUGACAUCUUUUACCAUUUAACUACCCCAGACACAACUGCAGAAUAAAUCAGUGUGUGUAAAUGGAGGGGUCCCUCAAAAAAUAAGUGAAUAAAUAAAAUAGAUCAGGUUUUUUCCUUUCAAAAGCUUCUGGAAAAACAGCUAGAGUACAUUUUACCUAGUGACAUAAACAUAGCGGACACCAAGCAAAUACAGCACUCAGCUCAUCUUUUUUUGUUCAGUCUGUAUUUCUGGACAAAAUUUGAGAGGCUCAUGGAAAAAAAAGAGGUUUGAUGUGCUGACAGACAGAAAGGUCUAUUCUCUCAACAUCCACGCCAAAAAUUAGGACACUUACAGGCCGCCAUGCAGCCAACACAUUUCCUGAGUGAAGCUGUAGAUGAGGUUUACUUUGCCAAACCAUACCAAACAGUUCUGAACAAAACCGGACUUCCUGGUGGAAAUACCCCAAGAACUAUUCGGUCAUGGGUGUGUAGUUUCAGACCUGCUUGUUUCCACAAAUUUGAAUUUCAGCCUCAGUUUUUUCCUGCAGGCGAGUUCUUUAGUUGACUGUCUGGUUGAAAAAAAAAAGAUCACAGCUGUCUCCUUUAUUGCAGCCACAACCUGAGACAUAAUUUUAGGCUUAUGUCUAUUUUUCUAAAUUUAUCAAGUGAAGUGACUGAGCAUUGUGUAAUUGGUGCUGAGCACUGCCAAAACACAAGUGACCUACGCACUGGAGUAACCCCGCACACACCCAAGGUCGACACUGAUGGAAAACUGAUGCUGCUGAGCAGCUGCUGACAAGCUGUUCUUACUGUGUGGCCUGUAUAAACUUUGAUGUUACACCUCAGCUCCGUCUCCUGUUCUCAUUUUUCUUUUUUGGAUGUUUUCGUACCGCUUCCAUCAGGUCACUAGUCCGGUCCAAGUUAUUUCCAGAGCUGGAAAACCGAACACCAGAAGAACCCCCUGUUGAGAUCAAGGACCCUCUUCCUGAGAAACUGCGCAACUCUGUGGUAAAGAUCUCGGCUCACUCACCUGCACAGAUAAUUUCACUUUUAAUUUCAUGGUGUCUGUAAGUUCAAAGUGUCGUUCCUUCUCCCUGUCUCUUGCAGAAAGAAAUCUUGCAUUCAGACCUCGUCAUGUGUCCCCUCAUGGCUGUGAUCACAUUCGCCAUCAGUGCCAGCACAGUUUUCAUUGCUCUUCAAGUCAGUUUGAUCAGGGAUUAUGAACUUUUUCUUCCGACACAUUUCCCAGAGGAUACUUGUGCUAACUUCCCUCUUUAUUACCUCUAUCCACAGCCGGCGUUAAGCUUUGUCCUGUACAUCCUGGCUGGAGUUGUAGGUUUCAUCACACAUUAUCUGCUGCCUCAGCUUCGCAAACAGCUGCCUUGGUUCUGCCUGGCUCACCCUGUGCUGCGCUCAAGAGAGUACAGCCAGUUUGAGGUUCGAGGUGAGAGUCUGACUGUUCUUGAUAAACCUACUUUAUGAACAACAAGACACGAAAGAAAGCAAAGAGAAAGGGGAAGACGUCAAAUAAUGGUUGAAGCACUUUUGAAAGACAUCACGAAGGUGGCCUUGUCAGAGUUCCUCAGUAUAAAAGGCUGUGCACUUUUUCAAAACAACUGAUUGAUAUUAUGAAUAUCAAAAAUAGACUUGAAAUCAGCUUUGAUAGCUGCAUUAAAAAUAAAGACGCAGUAAAGGUGCUUUUUUUAUCGUAUUCUGAAGCAAUUCUCUCUGUGUAAAAUAAUUCUGAAUUUUCUCCUCCUGUGCAUUUUUAUUCAUGUUUUCGGAGUAGAUCCAUGUUCAGUUCCUGACUAUAGCAGAUGAUUAGAAGCCACUUUUUUAAAAUUGUUUGGCAUAGAUUCUGUUUUUUCCCGCCUGUCUAAUUUCUCAGUUGUUUCAUAAACUCUGAAGAAAAAAAGUCAGAAGUUUGUUUCUAUCUCUGUUUGCCACAGACGCUGCUCAGCUGAUGUGGUUUGAGAAGCUGUAUGCAUGGCUACAGUGUGUGGAGAAAUACUUCAUCUACCCAGCUGUGGUGCUGAACUCCCUAACAACAGAAGCUCGAACUGUGGGCCAGAAUCACAAAGAGCUGGACAUCUAGUAAGACUUUACAAAAAAAAAACUCAUUACAGUUCCAUAUCAAGACUGUGUACUGUGCUCCAUCUCUGCUUUUCAGGGAUUCUUGCUCUGAACUGUAACAGCCAAAUAUUAUAUUCGAGGGGUAUUGCUGCAUUCCUACUCAGCCGCUGAAAAGACAUCAAAUUGCUUCUAUCUGUUUGUCCGCUUCUUAGAUUAUGGACCAGCUGGUCUUUACAGCAGUCUUGAUAUACUUUCUAUAAAACUACCACAUAAAGGCAGCAGCCUGCAUUUAGGUUCAGAGAUCUCAUGUCAUUUGUUGCUGUUUGCCUGGAGCCGCUCAUGUCAACAUGUGUCACUGAUUUCCUCUCGUUCUCGACCCCUGCAGCAGCCGGGCUCUCUUCAUCUCAGUAGCAGGCAUGAAGCUGCUGCGGUCAUCAUUCUGCACCCCCUCGCACCAGUACGUCACGUUGUGCUUCACCACGCUCUUUUUCCACUUCGACUACCCGCACUUCUCAGAGACUUUCCUCAUCGACUACUACUUCAUGUCCAUUCUCUUCAGCAAGGUAAGACACACUAUGUAGUCACAGGGUGAACUCAUACAGGGCUAUUCACUGUCACGGCACUGUGCUCAACGGAUUGCUUGUUGUUAAAAGACAUCAAGCAGAACUAAGUCGUCCUGUCGAGUUUGGGUUUGACACCUGGUAACACCUGUCAUCACUUACUGAUACUGUCGUUCAGAAGAUGGCUUCACACCCAACAAUGAUAUCACAGGAUCUUAGAGGAUACAUGUACAUCACUGCAGCACACUAAGUUUAUUGUCUGUUAAUAUGAAUUUAGCAAAAAAAGUGUUUUUAUUGUGUUUGUUCUUUGUUUCCUCAGAUGUGGGACCUGCUGUACAAGCUGCGCUUUGUGCUAACAUACAUCGCCCCCUGGCAGAUCACCUGGGGCUCUGCCUUCCACGCUUUUGCCCAGCCCUUUGCUGUGCCCCGUAUCCUUUAGUUCGAUUUACUGAUUUACUGACUUUCCUAGAUGCUAAUACAAGAACUGUACAUGUCUUAGCUUUAAUUUGAUCAUUAUUAUUAGCCACUUAUAGUUGUAUGGAUAUCGUAAAUUAUAUUAUUGUGCCUUUGAUGCGUACAUUUCCGGAAUAUAUCACUACUAAAUGUCUUCAAAGAGCCAGUUUCAAUUUGAAGUGAUAUCCUUAACUCUUGUGUCUUCAGAUUCUGCUGUGCUUUUCGUUCAGGCCAUUUUUUCUGCUAUCUUUUCCACCCCUCUUAACCCUGUUCUAGGGAGUGCUGUGUUCGUUACAUCAUACACCAGACCUGUGAAAUUUUGGGAACGAGACUAUAAGUAUGUUUUGAAAGUAAUCAAAUAUCUGUGGGAACGUCAGAGAACAGCAUUUUCCUUCGGCUCUAACAUGAUUUGUUGUGUUUGCAGCACCAAGCGUGUCGAUCACUCCAACACCAGACUUGCUACUCAGCUGGACCGAAACCCAGGUAUGUGCUAACAUUCCCCCAACAUCUCAAUUUGAAUCUUACUUAUUUUUGUGCUGUAACCAUGGUGAUGGUCUUUUUUUUUUUUUGCCUAAAGGAGCCGAUGACAACAACCUGAACUCAAUUUUCUAUGAGCAUCUGACACGCUCUUUGCAGCACAGCCUUUGUGGAGACCUGCUGCUCGGCCGCUGGGGCAACUACACCACAGGCGACUGUUUCAUCCUCGCCUCGGACUACCUCAACGCUCUGGUGCACAUAAUCGAGAUCGGCAAUGGCUUGGUCACCUUCCAGCUGAGGGGUCUGGAGUUCAGAGGUAAGCUGCGGGGGUUUGUGGUGGCUUGUAAUAUUUCUAACUUGUAUAUUGGCUGGUACAACUCAUCUGCACCCAUGUUUGUUAGUUUUAUCAAACAUAAGUUUUUGUGCCACUUCUUAUGGUGUAUUUUUAUCCAUCUGAAAAUAAGAUCACUCUCACAGCCGCAGGUUUAUUUUAAGGUUGUUCAAGAAGCUUAAAAAACUAGCUGCUGUGCGUCACUCUCCAAAAGGAGCUCGUCACUCGCCAGUAAUGCAGGGCUUUCAAGUCUUAAACAAUAAAGAUCUGAAUCCUCUUAUGAAUAUUUGGAUUUUUAUGAAAAGAAUGGGAUGUUUAUUCUUAUAGUCCUUUAUUUAGCCCAGUGAAAUUAUGGAAAGUUAUUCUAAUUUAUGUUAAAUGUAAGAUUAUUUUGCCUAAUGUGUCACAGAUUUAAAUCUUACAUCUGUACGUAAGGAUGUUUUUUUUGCAUAUGCAGGCAUUUCCUCAUCUGCUUCACAUCUGUGCAGGUACCUACUGUCAGCAGAGGGAGGUAGAAGCCAUCACCGAGGGGGUGGAAGAGGAUGAGGGCUGCUGCUGCUGUGAGCCUGGUCACCUCCCACACAUGCUGUCGUUCAAUGCUGCCUUCGGGCAGCGCUGGCUUGCCUGGGAGGUGGCUGCCACUAAGUACGUCUUGGAGGGCUACAGCAUCAGCGACAACAAUGCGGCCUCCAUGUUACAAGUGUUUGACCUUCGUAAGAUCCUCAUCACUUACUAUGUCAAGGUAAGCCAGUGAUAGAUCACGUUACCUUCCUACUCUUUACAUCAUGCCUUACUCAUAUUUUUUUAAAUGCUGAUGACUCAAACGUGUUUUAUUGUCCCCCUUGAAUAGAGCAUCAUCUACUAUGUUAGUCGAUCGUCUAAGCUGGAGGAGUGGCUGACCAAUGAGACGGUUCAGGAGGCUCUGCGUCCUUGUCUUGGGCCCAACUAUGUAGACAGUGACCCCACCUUCAACUUGAAUAUCGAUGAGGACUAUGACCACAGGGCCUCAGGCAUCACCCCCUCCUCAUUCUGCAUGAUUUACCUGGACUGGAUUCAGUACUGCAACAGCAGGCGUCAAACGGUCAGCCCUUGAAAACCCUUUUUUUUUUUUUUUCUUUUCUACUGGCAAGCCACACUCUGAUCCUUUCUGAGCUGCUACCAAACAGUCUCUCAUAAGAUGACUCUGCAGAAAAAAAUGGUUUGAACCUUUUCAGAACAAAACUGUGAUACCUGAUACGGGUUCAAAAGAUCCAAAUUUCUCCACAUCUGAUAAUUAAAUAAGGCCGCAAACUACUUGUUCUGUCUAGAUCUGCUGCCUUCAUCAGCCCUGCACAAUUAUGUCAAGACAGGCCAGCAUCCAAUUUUAUGUUUAGUAUCUGUUAACAGUUCUGUUGUUGGUCUAUUUUUUAUAACUUUUGUCCUGAUAUGUAACCUUUUAUCUCGAUCUUCAUGCUGUUGCAGCCGGUGGCCUGUGAGAGAGAUUCUCCACUUGUUAAUCUGUGUUUUGGACUUUGUAUCCUGGGAAGAAGAGCUCUUGGCACAGCCUCCCACAGCAUGUCUGCAAGGUAAAACAAACCAGGCCUACCACUCUGUGAAUUCCCCUUCCUGUCACUCGCCAAACAUUUAGGAGAAAAAUGCAAGACCAAUCGAUUUUUAUUUUUUGUGACAGCUUGGAGCCGUUCCUCUACGGCCUUCACGCACUCUUCAAGGGAGACUUCCGGAUCACAUCUCCCAGGGAUGAAUGGGUGUUUGCGGAUAUGGACCUGCUGAAUCGAGUCGUGGCACCAGGAGUGCGGAUGUCUCUCAAAUUGCAUCAGGUAGUGCUUUUCACAGAAGAAAAAAACACUCUCUCAGGUGUGAUUAUUAACUUCAGUCACUCAACAAAGACAAACGCUGUCAUUUUCAUUUCCUCCAGGAUCACUUUACAUCUCCUGACGAGUAUGAGGAUCCCAUGGUUCUGUAUGACGCCAUCACUGCCAACGAGGAGAAGAUGUUAAUAUCUCAUGAGGGUGACCCUGUAUGGCGCAGUGCUAUUCUAGCUAACAUGCCCUCACUGCUGGCACUGCGCCACAUCAUGGAUGAUGGCAGCGAUGAAUACAAGAUCAUCAUGCUCAACAAGCGGUUCCUCAGCUUCAGAGUCAUUAAGGUACAUCCUGUUCCUGUUCAUGUGUCGUGUGGAAAAAAAAUGUGUCUGUGCCACUUUCAGCCAGGUAAGUGCAGUGCUGUUGAUAAUGAGUCUGUCCAUUUGUGCUGCCCACUAAAGGUGAACAGAGAGUGUGUGCGUGGGCUGUGGGCAGGGCAGCAGCAGGAGCUGGUUUUCCUGCGUAACCGUAACCCGGAGCGAGGCAGCAUUCAGAAUGCCAAACAGGCUCUGCGGAACAUGAUCAACUCCUCAUGCGACCAGCCCAUCGGGUACCCCAUCUAUGUGUCCCCCCUCACCACCUCAUACGCUGGGGGGCACAGCCAGCUCCGGUCUGUGUGGGGAGGACCCGUCAGCCCACACAACAUUUACACCUGGCUCAUCAGCAGCUGGGACAGGUGCGUGAUCUUGACUUAAUGCCACACAUGUGCACUUACAGAGACUGUGAUUCAUGGGAACAUGAUCAACCUGAUGUUUGUCUCUCUGCAGGUUACAGAAGGGCUGUGGUGCUGGCUGUAACAGCGGAGGAAACAUUGAGGACUCUGACUGCGGAGGUGGUUCCACAUCCAUCUCUACCAACCCAGCCAUUCACACCACUCAGAGCACACCUGCCUCCAGCCUCCCCCAGCCCCACAUCACCGCUAUCCAGCCCUCCACGGGUAAGACCUAAAACAAGUUAUGAUCCAUUCAAUGCUGAUCAGUUACUGGAUACAGAUGGCACUGUUAGAGUAGAGAUGCUACUUAAAGGGAUAUCCCGCCAUAAAAUUAAUUUAGGGUCAAACACACUGAAACACCGAGUAAGACACCCUCUCGAGGGAUUAAUGUUGCCAACCACUUGCUUCUCUAGUUAUACCAACUUUAGUAACAACCACACAAUAGCAAUACACAGCAGUCUGAUGAGCCAUAAACAAACCUCAACCAAAACGCCACUCUAUAGCAACAAAUAAUGCUCAGAACAGCACCUAACUUCAUCAACAGUACAGAUAGGGUCCUAGCCAUAGUACUAGCCACCAAACAUCUUUUCAACUUUGCCUAAUUUCUUUAGCAAAGAGACUAAACACAACUCACCUACUCCUACAGACUGCUGUGGGGGGAAGAACAUUUAUGAUCAUUUCUUCAUGGAAAUGCAAUCAGACCGAGACACUAAGGCAGAAAAACUACCGUGUCUGCAGUGCAAAAUGAUUAAUAUGGUUAUUAUUACUUCAAGGAAAUGAUAAAGUAAUGAUCAUAAAUGUUAUCCCUAUUCUUAUUUUUAAUUUGAUGCUGCAAUAUCCCUUUAAGUAUGUUUGUGCUUAUUCUGCAUGGCUGCACAACUAACAGCUUUUACAGUGUCACACAAACACUGCCAAAGACAUCUUUGAAUACAGAGUUGAGUUAAAAGGGUACUUCACUGUUAAGAAUAAAACAACAACUUUUAAAAAAAGGGGAUGAGAAGUGAAUUCAGUGGAAAGGGAGAAACUCAGUGUAUACAGAGUUAAAUGUGGGAGCAUGCUCUUAAUUUCCUGCAUCCAUGCAGAUGUUGGUUAUGAACUCAGUCUGUUCAUUCAAAACUAACGUCUGUGUCCUCUUGUGUUGGCUGUAUGUGUUCACUGGCUGAACUGUGCAUUCACUUCAAAGUGUCACAUGACCCCUAACCUCAAGUAAACGGUACGAUCGACAAAGUAGUGUCAAUGGAGUAUGAUGCAGUUUUGAUCUGUUCUUUGUUUCUGCGUGUCUUUGUCACACGUAACCAGCUUUGAUGUUGCCACGGUUACAACUCAGUUGAGAUCAUAUUCUCACUUCAAUAUUUGGUUACUGAAUUGAAUUUCUACAUGGCUGUAUGAACCAAAUUUAUUGCAAUAGUGUCUUUAGCUAAAAUAAAUAUACUCAGUUCUUCUGUCGUUUCAUCUUGGUGUCUUAACAUUUCAGCGUCCAACAGGCUCAGCUGAAUACUUCGAUGAUUUAUUUCAACAAGAAUCGAUUAAUGUCCUGCUCUCCCAAUCAUGUGUUGCGGGUCAGAUAUUUUCAUACUCUUCUGUAAGGAAUUAAAGUGCUUCUUUCUUUUAGGCACAGACAACCCCUUAGGUCCAACCCAGAGCUGGCCUCAUCACCCCCAGCCCCUCCCAUUAGCUCUGCUCAGCCAAUCUGAGGGCCGGAUGGAGGCAGGACUGCUCUCAUCUCUCCAGCGCACAUCCUCCAUCCAGGGGCUCCUGGGCCAGCAGCUGUCCAGCUCGCAGCUCUCCUUCAGCAGCUCCGUAGCUCCUCCACCUCUACCAGGUCCAGAGCGCUUCUGCCCAGCGAGCCUCUUGGAAAACUCGGGGCACAGAGUGGGCCAGCGGGCUGGCCUAAGCCUCGGCCAGGGCAGCGGACUUCACUAUGAGAGCCACUUUGGCAAGUGGAGUUUUUCAGGAAGGAAGGGCUUUAAUGGACCAGCUGCAGUGGAGGAAGGAGGACCAGUACAGACCAUACGCACACAGGUGAGGGGGCUGUUGUUUGGUUGACUGAACAGAAUGUUGAACUAUCUUGACCUGAGUGGUUAAAGAUAUACUGCUGAUAAAUGUUUACCCAAAUCAACCAUAUUUUAAAAGCAUUUCUGAGAAAGUUGAACAUCAUUGUCUUUAUUUCUUUCUCAUCUUUUUCAAGCCUGCUCUUCCUGCACCCCUACAAGAGACUAGUCUGACACAAGAUCCCCUAGGAGCCACCCAAACGCUGGACCCCACCCUGCUCAAUGCAGGGGACCCCCCUACCCCCCGAGAGGAAUCCACAGAGCUGCCUUUACUCGAGCACCUGCGCUGAGUCUGCCCCAGGAAGACUCUGGGUGGCAUUCUCUGCAGCAAAAGCACAUGACGGUGGAAUCUGGACCAGACUCCAGACUCAUUCCAGCCCUUUGGGACUCAUUCCAUCACCCCUCCUUUGACUCUAGUGUAAACCUGAUCCUCUUAAAUCCUCCUAAUGGCCCAUUGCAUACUGGAUAGAUUCAGUUAAACCCACAUCGCCCCUCUUCUUGUCAGCUGAAGGGGUGAAACUUCGGAUAGCAUGCUGAGCUGAUCCGCAUCAGAUUGUGAAAUGAUUUCAGCCAAAGUUAGCUGUCAUCGUGACUUCUAGGCUUAAAGGUAUUCUCAUUUUCUCUGACAAAGGCACACAGUGUCUCUAUGGACAACCUUUAGGUUGGAACAGUAGUGACAGGCCAGACAGGCCAGUGCAAUGAAAAGGGAUAUUUUGCUUGAGGACUGAUUAUUUUUCUAUAUUGGAGAAAAGGAGGAUGGUCUCUGACUCUCACUUGACGUCUGCAGCAGAUUUUCUUUUUUUGCAUAAACAGUUUAAAAGAAAAAAAAAUAAAAACAACAACAUUUGUGUUGCUGUAUGUGCAGGUGACGGAUUAAUGGAAAACCAUGAGAAGCCUUGUUUUCUUUUCCCCCAUUUGACUCCCCUCACUGGACCUAGAGUUGUGUUCCAGACAAUAUUGAACAGAACAUACUCACCCUGCUCAGAAGCUUCAGCAUCUUCCUCUUCCUGCACAUUAAACAUACUCAACAAGGACAAAAAAACACCACACCCCACCAUCCCGUCAUCUUUGUCCUCUGGCUUAUUCACUACAGAGGGUCCCGACCACAUCAACACUCAACAGGUCUGUCUCGGAACAAGUUUCAGGGAAUACUUAAAGAAAACUCCCUUCCACCCCGGCCAUCAUGUGGUGCUUUUACCGCUAGUUUACAGUCUAAGUAGGCCUGGAAACGAGUCCUGAAUCUGACUGGCGAAGUGGAAACCCGGGAUGAGUUCAGAUGGAGCUGCUGUGGUCAUAUCAGGAUGGAGUAGACGAAAAUUCCAAUCUGUGAAAUUGUGUUGAUCACAAACUUACAAACUGGGAGUGUUAGAAACUAAAAGCCUUUGUUUGGAGAGUGGAAUGUCCUUUUUUUUUUACUUUACUUGAAGAGUUCCUCGGUGUUUAAGGGGCACUGAGUUUGUUUUCUUUGGAUGAUCAAUAACACCCCCUAUGUUCAGAUCUGCUCAGCUCAUGACUUUCUCAAUAGCAGGGACCCAGGUGGCUUUGUGCAGGGAGCUCUGUUUUCUCCUCCCUGUUUCUAUACUACUGCUUCUGCAUCUCCUGCUACUGCUAAUAUACCCACUACUACUACUGCUGUCUCUACAACAGUUAAAUCCAGCGUUUUAGUUGGAAACACACAAAGCUGAAUAAAUACUGAAAGCAAAGGUGGAAUAUUUAUUUGAUUAAUAUUGUCUUACAGAUAUCUUAAACGGGGUUUGUCAAUAUUGUAUGCUGAUAUAUCGGAAUUUGGGAAUCUGCCUUCUGUCGACUGUACUCCCCUCCCGUCUCCUCCCCUCCCUCCCUUUGUUUGGUGUCAUCAUGUUUGUAUCAUCUCACCGACGGCUGAUCUUGUUCUUUUUGGUGUGUAAAAUAACUGGAAGUUUUUCCUGAGAAGUCACUUGACCUUGGUUUCUUUGCCACUCUUGCACUCUUUUUGUUCUCCCACUGUGAAAGACAAAUUCAAACACUGAUAAGAGGGCUAAAGGAGAUUUUUGAAGAAGGAUUUGAAGGAGUGGUCGAAGAAGACUGACUAAAUUUGGCCACAAAUGUCCCCCCCUGCGUUGUUUCGUCCCAGUCUACUGUGACCACUUGCUACUGCAUAAAACAUGUCACAUGAAAACUCCUGCAUAUGCUAGUUGUCCCUAAAAAUAACCCUUCAGAAGUGGUGUACCCCCCUGUAGGAGACUUGAAAAAGAGACCAGAGUUCUCAGGGUUUGAAACAGGGAAAGAGAAAUCGACUUCUGCUGGACUUUUCUGAUGAGUGUCAAAAAUAAGAGCUAGUACUGGGUUACACAUGAAAACAAAAGAGGCCUCUUCUAGUCUGAAAUCACUUUGUUUCCUCCCUUAACUUUAAGCUUCUGACCGAAUCUGGACAAGGGUCACACAUCGAUGAAGCUUCUUGUUUUUAUUUUUCGAAGCUUCAAGAUUUCAGUCAUUUGUAAAGAAAUUACAUACGAAAAAGUGAAAAGUGCAUCUGUAUCCCUCUGAAAAUUUUGUUUGCAACUCCCUCUACUCAGGAAAAACAGACUUUCUGAUCAGUGCUGUUUUCUGUUUUUCUUUUUCUCCUCAUUCAUCUUGUAUCCAAAGCAACAGGGAGUAAUUUUUGUUUUUCUUUUUAAUGGUAAUUAUUUUUAUGUUUGCUGGGAGUGAGGAAAGCACAAGUUCACAGGCAGACCUGGGUGUCAAUAAAAAGGGAUUUCUUAAUCUCUAAUAUAUUAUGUACAGCAUGUUUCGUAUAUAAAUAUAUAUUUAAAAUAUAAAUCUAUUUUAUUAUUGGAGCUUUGGGUUCUUUUACAUUGAAGACACUAUGUUGAGGCUUCGGGGGGGAGGGACUCGUGUUUACCCAUUGGAGGUGGGAGCUGAGGGGCACUCUUCACAUUGAAACGUGCAGUUUGGGAAGAAUCAAUUCAAACUUCUUUUGCACAAAAUGUAUCAUACACCAUCCCACUUGGUUAUAGUUUUAUGAUUUUAGUUAUUUUGGGAGAGGGGUCUUUUAUUUAAAAACUUUAAGUCAUUGUUCAAUGUUCUGUACAGUUUUUUAUGUGAUUUUUUUUCUCCUAUUUAAAUUAAAGGUUUUUGUGUCUUUGUUUGCAAAUUAAUGCUGUGAGUGAUUUAAUUUUCCUUUUCCGUGUGCGGUUUGUGUUAGCACUUUACCUGUCUCAAAACUAUUAAGAUUAUAAUCACUCCACAGUUUGGUGGUUCAAUGCGGCAAAUAUCCUCAAAUAGAUAUUUAAAGCCUAAAGUGAAUUUAUCCAAGUGCUCUUUCUGUUUAGCAAGCAGUUCACUUAUGAAUGCAUUUGCAGUCUGUGCACUGUAAUUAACAGAAAUGUUGCCUCCUGUGCAGACUUUUAAACUUUACAUUUUCAGAUUUUCAUGGUAACAAACCGAGCCUGGAUGUUCUGCAGAGGCAAGUGUCUUUGCUGGAAGAGGGCGGUCUUCACUCUCACCUGAUCGUUUACUUCAGUCUGUUCCCUCUCCAUACUGAGCUGCUUCUUUGCAGCACAUCAGUCUGACUCUGAGGGUCAGCAGCCUUAUGUUUCAUCUCACCUGCCUCAAGCUGUUUCAUGAUGUACAGACUAACCUCCUGUGCUCAGUAUGCUGUGUCUGCUGUGAAAACAACCCUUUGAAGGAGACUUUCAGGUAAGGUAUUUUUAUGGUAUGUAUGCAAUGAUAGUCACCAUAGAGCUCGUCUGUCUUCGUGUUAAAAAUGAUCAUGGAUUAAAAAAAAACACAAUGCUAAGUUUUAAAUUUGAGGUAGAUUACAUCUUAAAUAAGACAUUUAUGGACAAAUGGUUAAAUAUGGAAAUUUAAGGAAACCCUACCUAUACAUAGUAUAUUCAGUCCUCAAAUGUAAAUACAAAAACACAACAUUAACAUCUUUAUUUUGGAGAGAGAAAAAUAUGCCGCAGAGCAGCACAGAUCGUACAAACAAAGGUGAAACAAGGCUCCUUCACAAAAGCUGAUUUGAAAGCUGAUGAAACAUUUAUUUUUAAUCCCAGAGGAUGUUGAAAUCAAACAAAUGAGCGCUUCAUAAGAGACGGAGUGUACCGUAUCUCAUUGUAACACUCCUCUUCCUCCUCUUCUUUCCGCUCCCUCCACCUCCUUCCAUCCUGCCCUGUGCGGUGGAGCCACAGCACGAGCACCAGCAGAGCGAGCAGCAGCAGGCUCAUAGACAAGGUGAGCAGCACACCCUGCAGCAUGCCAGAGGAACUGUCAGGGGCUGCAGACCAAGGCACAAAGUAGAUCUUAGAGUAGAAAUCAGUGUACGGCCUGUACUUAAGGCUCCAGAGGACUCUGGGUGGAGAUGCACUUACUGGUGUAGAUGGAUAAGUUGACGUAGCAGUUCUCUGUCCCAAGGAGGUUGGUGGCAGAGCAGCGAUACAGGCCAGACGUCUGAGAUGACACAUUGAUGAUUUGGACCGAGCCAGACAGAUCAUCUUCAUGAUAGAGAGGAAAGCAAAGAGGGUUAGUCAUUGAGCUGAUGUUUGUUUUUUUAGCUUGUCACAGGCUGUGAAAACAGUCGUUUAAUGUGACAUGUGGGGGUCAACAUUUCUUUGAUGGAAAUGAAUUUUUGAAAAUCUAUUCUGGCUCUGUGGUUGGAUUCAAGCUGGGCUCUGUGGAGGAUGUGGUGGAGAGAUCUACACUGAGGAAGGUGGAGACUAUUCUAAAGAACAUGGAUCACCCACUUCACAACACCUUAAUGGAUCAAAGGGCCAAUGGUGGUGGACGGCUCCUCUCUCUUCGCUGCAGGACAGAAAGAUUCAGAAGAUCUUUUGUACCCACAGCUAUCAGACUUUACAACUCUUCUGUGAAUAGUAGAUGACUCUUAGAGACAUGAAAAAUGAGAUGACAGACGAUUGGAUUUCCCUUCAGGGAUCAAUAAAGUUCUUCUUCUUAUUCUUGUUCUUGAUUUAAGUUUAAAGAAAAAUAGUCCUCAGCAGAAUUCAGCAAUCUAGAGGGGCGUACAAGUUAAGAGAGCUCAGAAGGAUCAGAAACUCAGUGUACCAGCUACUCUGGGGGUCCGAGACAGACAGGCUCAUAACAAAGAGCUGUUUUAAGCCUGAACCAGAACCAAGUUUUAGCUUGACCAGAAAGGAGCUUUUCAAGCCUCCUCUGAAAAUAGAGGUAGGGUUUCCCUCAUUGACCCUGAUGAUUCCUAAUAGGUCAAAACUCUACCUCCCAUACUAUGUUUAGGGACUGAGGAAAACAGUAUCUUAAAAUGGAUACUAUGACAGUGCAGUCAAAAGUUCUAGAGCUCCCUCUAUUGACUGGUUGGAGUAUAGAUAAAAAAAACUCUGCCUUCAUUAUGUGUCAACAGAUCAAACUAAAAAAAUAAAAUAAAAGUCAAAUUAUUAUUUUUCUUCUCAAACAUGGUUUCUCUCAGUGUAGUUAGUCCUUAUCAUGCAGAUUAUAUUCAUGUGCAUUUUUUCUGAAAGGAUUAUUUUCAAUUAGUGAUUUAACUUGAGAAAGAUGACUGACUGACAGAUCUGUUGACUCAUGUCAGCUCCUGCAGCGUUCUGCACUAGAUUAGCAGAAUUGAGAAGGAGCCUCAUGGAGCACCUGUCAUGCAUUCAAGCAAGCAGCUCAAAGUGCUUCAUGCACACCAGACAGAAUAAAGACAGCAACAAUUCAUAAUGAAAGACCGGUGAGAGAAAAAGGUAAUUUACCUAAAAUUGUAUUAAAUCGGUGCAGAAUGACUGAUAGGAAAUAUAAGAAUCAAUUUUAAAAAUGAAACUUAAACCAAAAAAAUUACUUAAAAAAUUACAUCUCACUACAAGCAGAAAUGAAGUGACAUGGUCCACAUUGUAAACUAUCCAUGAGCACUAUGAGUGAGCCUGAAGUGUAAUGUACCAGAGGGAUACUAGAGGGCACUGUGAGUCCUUUAAGAUGUGACACUCCUGACCAUUAAGAACUUUUAUGGGGAGCCAAAAUCAAAAUCAAAGCGAAACAAAAUACAACUAUGAAAAAAACUAGGGCAACUUUUGUCUUUGUUACAUUUGCUAUAUGCUGUAGCUAAACAUGAGGAAACUUGGAGCACUGCAGACUGGUUUCUAUACUAUAUUUUGGACGCAUGGAAAGACGUGAAGUAAAGACUCCCUCUCUUUGUUUGUGUGUGAUUGUGUGUAACACCUACCUUCCAUAUUUACAGGAAGUGGGAUUUCCUCUGGAUUGACUUUUUCCCAGUGAAUGUCUGGAGUGGGAACACCCUCGGUCACUGAACAGGACAAGGUGACACUUCCCCCAACAUCGAUGUCUCCAUCCCACUGACACUCAGGAAGUGAGGGUGGUGCUAUGACAUAAUCACACAAAUUUCUUAAGCGUGAAAUUUUUUGAUUCUCAUAAAAGAAGUUUUUUCAAGAUAAAUGAUGUUAGCACUGUGAUAACAAAGUUGAUAACAAAGCCACUUAAGUGUGAUACUAUUUCCAUUCAAAUAAAACUGUUUAAGUGUAUAAACCAGCAUUCUUUCUUUCUAACUAGCACUGUAGAAUAUCAAACGUCAAACAAAACCACUGCGAAAUUGAACUUUGAUGUGAUGAUACACACCAGAAAUUGAGUUUGGGGAUCACCAAGUUAAAGCGGUUGAUCCUUUUGAGAUAAUAGAUCUGUGCACCACACUGUUUGACAAUUGUUCAGGUAUUUUUGAGGAAUUUCUCUCUCUCUCAAAUAUCAAACUCUUGGGAAAAUUGGGUAAUAGGGAAAGGCCAACUUUUUAAGGAUUAAUACAUUUGUUUGGGUCUUGAUUAUAACAUAUACUGGACAGAUAGUACAACUUAGAAGUGUAUGUACAAUGUAAUUUUUUUUACUACACCCCAUGGCAGAUAGGAUUAAGGAUGUCCUCAUUGUGUUGUCUAAAAUCUAAAAAUGAUACACUGAUGCAUUCAGAGUUUACAGUAUAAUGAAAUAGCCUCUGAACUAGCCACCUCUGCUAGAUUGAUAAUGAAUUUCCUCAGGGAUAAAUAAAGUAUCUAUCUAUUUAUCUACUAUCUAGUUUGUGUGAUAUGUGACGCACCAACAUACCCAGGAUGCUGAGCUCCAGCUCUCCGAUGCCGGGAUCUGCUGUUUCUGGUGGGUUAUUGACCAUGCAGCGAUAUAUACCUGCAUCUGAUACUCGAGUGUCAUUCAGCACGAUGUCUGCACUCCAGGGGAUACCUUCAGAUAGUGAACGUGGAGUUAAUAUCAUUUUUCCUGCUAAUCUCUGCAGGGUUCUAAAACAACAUCUCAGAACUAAAUUCAUAUGAAAAGGGUAACACUGGUCAUACCUGUAAAACCCACCCUGCCGAUCAGGGUGGGGUCUUCAAUCACCUGUCCAUGGUCGUACACUAUCACCUAGAGGUAAAUAAGGGAUUCGUAAUAAUCAGAUGAUCUGUUUGCUGUGGUGGUGGUGUGUUUGAUUUGGAUAUUAAGAGAAGCGGUUUGAAAACUUGUGUUCUGUUAUAGGUUGAUUUUUGGCUCAUACUUCCACUGAAUCUGUAACCAAAAACUUGUGAUCCAUUCAGUUUAAAAAGCAGCGGCCUGGUGAGCAUGAGAGGACCAAACAGAAGUGUAUGUGAGUGUGUGACAGGAUUCAGACCUGUAUUGGGGUUUCUGGACUGGAGAAAGGAGCCAGCGUCCAGAUGACAUUGAGUCUGGAGAGGGGACUGGAGGUGAAGAAGGAACAGGGUAAGAUAACGAAAUCUCCUUGGACCACCUUGAGACUGGAUUCCCUCAUGGUCACCCUGAGUGCCACUGUGGGGAUAACCAUUCAUAAAAAAAAGGGAAGACAAAAGUGAGACAGCACGUAUCUGGGAUGUGGCACAAGCAGCCCCUCAAUGAAGGAUUCAUGUCUUCAUUUUCUGUUUUGACUGGUUGUCCUUUCUGUUGUGCAGACUGCAGCUCUCCUCCCUCUCCUCCUUCAUUACUGAAAUAAUGAACCCUCCCCCCUCUUCGCUGUCAUCCCCAGGCCUUUUGUGGUGUGUGUGUGGGAAUUCGGUCUGCAUAUUGGUUGUUAAUUACACUUGACAGUUUUGAGUGUAAGCCAAACCGGUCACAGACUGAGUGGAACAACAGCCUACUUCACUGGGAUGAAAACACACUGUCAAUAAAUGACAUUGUCUCUGUGUAGAUUAUCAGUUUGUGAAAAUGUCAAAAAAACAGACAUUUAUAAAAACAAGCAAAGGCUUUGUGACAAAAGAAACUGUAAUAAAUGCCUGUCAGGGAGUUUUAUUCUAAGACUUCAUAAAAAAUGAGGAGCUUCCUUUGAGGGUUGGGUCCUAAUUUUAAUAAAGGUCAUUAGUCCAGUGUUAUUUUUUUGUUCAACCCUUUAUUGACUGUAUUAUAUUGCAUACAUACUUUUAUAAUACUUCUAUCAAUCAAUAUGAUCAACAAAUUACUAAAAAAAAAACAUCUUAACACAGUCCAAUAAAUGAUAAAAAUGCCCUCUUGUGAUUAUCAGUUUCCAAAAACAUCUGAUGCAUCAAACGAGAUAAAUAAAUAUAUUUGUAAAAUUUUGAUUUUUUUGGUUUUCCAGAAAAAAUUGCAUUUUCUGGCCAUAAUUUGUGGUUUCAGGUAUUAUAGGGUUAAAACCUUAAAAUUGGCAUCAUCCAAAAAUAUUACCAGUAGAUUUUUUUCUGUUAAAAAAUUACAAUGGACAUUUUUAACAUGUUUCUGAAAGAUACAGAUCUUCAGUCUUGAUAUGGAGCAUAUUUGUUUUGAGUAAUGUCUACAUUAAACAUUUCCAGUGCACAUUCUGGAUUAUCCUAUGUCAUUUAAGCAAUCAAGCAAUAGAAAAAAACACUCUCUUUUCUCUUGAAUUGGUAUGAGGAUUUGCAACCAAAAUCAACAAUUUCUCAUACUUUACAUACCCCCCUGAAGUCACUUGAAGCUGUGGCAGCAUGAACAAAUUUAGCAAUAUUUCUCACCAUGUCUCACUGAAUUGGUGUCAAAGCUUAAGACGGCACACAGACGUACUCACAGUUCUCCAGAGUGCUGAAACACACGCACAGGGUGAGCAGCAUCCAUCUUCCAGCAGAGCCCAUCGCUGAGAGCGAACACAGAGAGCCGCACAAGCUGCUGGCCAAAAAACCAGGCAUGCAUGAGUAAUCUAUCGAGCGUAGCCACCAAACAACCCCACCCUCAUUUAUUUUCUCUCUCACAUUAUUCUCACCCCCUUUCUGACUAGAUUUAAGUGACUAAAGGAGGAUUUUUUUUUUUUGACAGGUGCAAGAAGAUUAUGUAAUCGGAGUUCCUCCAUAAUGGCAGCUGUAGGGG